AUGGACAACAUAUCUUUCAAUAUGGGAUUCACCUUUUCUGGCCUUAAAGAGUCAAAAGUAAACAGAUAUAUAUACUUUGUUUUAAUUUCAAUUGUUUAUUUGUUAAUAAAUGUAUUUAAUCUGAUUCUUAUUGUGACAAUUAUUCUAGAGAGAGCACUCCAUGAGCCCAUGUACAUCUUCCUUUGUAACCUGUGUUUUAAUGGACUGUUUGGACCAGCAGGUUUUUACCCUAAAUUCCUGUCUGACUUAGUUUAUGGCAUUCAUCUCAUCUCAUACAAUGGUUGUCUGCUGCAAAUAUUUGUAAUCUACAGUUAUGUAGUGUGUGAGUAUUCAAUAUUAAUGAUAAUGGCUUAUGACAGGUUUGUAGCAAUAUGUAAACCAUUGGAGUAUCACAGGAUAAUGAGAUCUCAGACUGUUUGGAAAUUAAUUUUGUUUUCAUGGUCAUUUCCAUGUACAACUGUGUUCACUGGAGUUAUGUUAACAAUGAGAUUGCAAUUAUGUGGAUCCCACAUUGAUAAAUCCUAUUGUGAUAACUGGUCAGUUGUGAAGCUCUCUUGUGUACCAACUACAAUUAAUAAUGUUUAUGGGUUUAUUUUAAUCCUUUUAGUAAUAGCACAUGCUGUUUUUAUUGUGUAUUCUUAUAUGAAAUUGAUCCGUGCAUGUAUACAAUCAAAGGACAGCAGAAACAAAUUCAUGCAGACCUGUUUACCACACUUGGUUUCAUUAAUUAAUUUUACAAUAGCUAUGCUUUUUGACACAAUGUUCAGUCGAUAUCAAUCAAAGGAUUUCCCACCAAGUUUACGUAACUUCCUGCAACUGGAAUUUCUAAUAAUCCCACCUCUUUUAAAUCCCAUUAUGUAUGGGCUGAAACUGGCCGAGGUACGUAAAACACUUUUUGGAAAAUGUAAGGUACCUAAAAUUAAAUAUUAA